CCUGCAGGGCCAGAGGGGCGGCCUUCAGCAGGCAGGACUGAUCCAGGGGCAUUGGGCCUGACACUGAGAUGAAGAAACAGGUGGUAGAAAGGAGAACCCCAGAAGGCUAACUCAAGGGCGCAGAGAAGACCCAAGAAAAGGGUUAUAGUUGCUCCUAAGGCAGAGAGCCACAGGCACAAGACCUAGAGGCAGGCUAGACCCACAAGAGAACAGCAGGAGGGGUCAGUUCUGUCUGUCCAGUUUCCCAUCCUGUCUCUGGGGUCAGUGUGGGGGAGUGGUAUAAAGCCAAACAUUCCUCGAAUUCCUGAGGGAAAGAAUAUGGCAAGCUGACCGCUGCAAAGAAGGCUGGACAGAGCUCCACAAGGAAACCCCAAACAGAAAACUACAAGUAGAGACCACACCCCUACACCACCACCAUUCCAGUCUACCAGACUUUGCCAACUACCCCCCAGAGUCCCACCCUGCAACUCAGUCCCCGCCUUUCAAAACAGGAGACAUCAAACCACCCCCCACCCCCCAGCUCAGUUUAUGACAAGCUGAAGUCUCCACGAACAGAAAAUUCACUGGCACCAAAGGAAUGUCGCUACUUCACAAUCAGGGAGCCGCAGCAGCCGCCGCCCCCGCGAGGAAGAACGCCCCGCCCCGCCGGCGCGCCCUUCCUCACUUUUGGAAAUGGCGGGUGAAAUCACGGAGACCGGGGAGCUCUAUUCUCCCUACGGCACUUCUGCGAGGCGCUCGUCACCGUUCCCCUGUUGCCUCUCCCCCCACGUGAGGUCAAGGUCCUGCCUGUCUUCCUCAGUGUCCUCCCCAGCUCCCAGCACAGAGCCAGGCCCAUGGGAGGCUCUGGGAAGGUGCUGACUAGACGAGUGAAUGAGCAGAACUGAGCUAGCCGGGGAGUCGUUCCUGCACUGGGACACACCAGCCUCAGCGCGAUGGAGUCAGCCAACAAAAGGACAAGUUGGACUGGUGUACAUGUUCAACCUCAUCGUGGGCACCGGCGCGCUCACCAUGCCCAAGGCCUUCGCCUCUGCUGGGUGGCUUGUCAGCCUGUUCCUGCUGGUGUUCCUGGGCUUCAUGAGCUUUGUGACGACGACCUUUGUGGUGGAGGCCAUGGCGGCAGCCAAUGCGCAGCUCCGCUGGAAGAGGAUGGAGAACCACCAGGAAGACGACGACAGCUCCUCCGCCGCCUCUGACAGCGACAGUCGGGUCCAGGACAGCUACGAGCGGGCAGAGCAACGGCCCAUCCUGUCUGUGCAGAGACGCGGCUCUCCGAACCUUUUUGAAAUCACAGACCGCGUGGAAAUGGGGCAGAUGGCCUCCAUGUUCUUCAGUAAAGUGGGGGUCAACCUGUUCUAUUUCUGCAUCAUCAUCUACCUGUACGGGGACCUGGCCAUCUACGCUGCCGCCGUGCCCUUCUCCCUCAUGCAGGUGUCCUGCAGCGCCACUGGCAACGACUCCUGCGGUGUGGAGGCCGACACCAAGCACAACGACACGGACCUGUGCUGGGGGCCCCUGCGCCGAGGGGACGUCUACCGCGUCUACUUGGCUGUCUUCACUCUCCUCCUGGGACCCUUCACCUUCUUCGACGUCCAGAAGACCAAAUACCUGCAGAUCCUGACCUCCCUGAUGCGAUGGGUCGCUUUCGCCAUCAUGAUCGUGCUGGCCCUGGUCCGCAUCGGACGCGGGCGCGGGGAGGGGCACCCGCCCCUGGCCGACCUCUCCGGGGUCCGGAACCUGUUCGGGGUGUGCGUGUACUCCUUCAUGUGCCAGCACUCCCUGCCGUCCCUCCUCACGCCCGUCUCCUCCAAGCGCCACCUCACGCGCCUCGUCCUCCUGGACUACGUGCUGAUCCUGGCCUUCUACGGCCUCCUCUCCUUCACCGCCAUCUUCUCCUUCCGCGGCGACAGCCUCCUGGACAUGUACACCCUCAACUUCGCGAGCUGCGACAUCGUGAGCGUGGCCGCGGUGCGCUUCUUCCUGGGCCUCUUCCCCGUCUUCACCAUCAGCACCAACUUCCCCAUCAUCGCCGUGACCCUGCGCAACAACUGGAAGACGCUCUUCCACCGCGAGGGCGGCACGUACCCCUGGGUGGUGGACCGCGUGGUGUUCCCCACCAUCACCCUGGUGCCCCCGGUGCUGGUGGCCUUCUGCACCCACGACCUGGAGUCCCUGGUGGGCAUCACGGGGGCCUACGCAGGCACGGGCAUCCAGUACGUGAUCCCCGCCUUCCUGGUGUACCUCUGCCGCAAGGACACCCAGCUGGCCCUCGGCCCCCGGGCCGCCAACAAGCACAGGUCCCCGUUCCACCACACCUUCUGGGUGGGCUUCGUGCUGCUCUGGGCUUUCUCCUGCUUCUUCUUCGUCACCGCCAACAUCAUCCUCAGUGAGACCAAGAUCUGAUGGCGGGCAUGUCUGCUGACGAGAGGGGUGGGGGCCCCGCCGCGUCCCCCGCCUGCAGAGACCGUGUCCAGUUGCCUCCCAGGUCUCCCUCCACAGGGUGGGUGAGGCCAGGCUCUGGGAGGGGACCCUGCACAUCUAGCUGGGAUCACCCCACUCCAGCUUCCUUCCGCCCAGCCUGCACCUCACUGCACAAGGCUCUCCCAGACUCCAGGACCGGCUCCCGGAGUCACCCCCUGCUUUACACACACGCCCCAUCACCCCGCCAUGGGCGGGCUCCUCUCCCUGCUCCGUGGAGACGCAGCGCUGGCACUGCCACUAUUUAUACUAGUCUCCCUGUCCCCUACUCCCAGCCCUCCCGCCUCCUGGUCUGGGAAAUCCACUUCAUAGACGCUGCCUCCUCAGGAUGAACCCCGGGCCCCAGCCCCCCUCCCCACUGGGCCUGCCAGUGACUCCUCGGGGAGGGCCUGGCCCGCCCUGAUGACAAGAACAGGAGGUGCUGAUGGGCACCAGGUUCCCCAGACCAGGGCUGUGAGGCCCCUGCUGUGGGCACCAGCUCCUGCUCGGGGCUCCUGAGCCACCACAGCACAGAGCAGCCCUCCCACAGGCGCAGCAGCACGUACAGAUUUAGAGCCCAGAGCUGUGACCCCUGGAAGGGUCCUCUGCUCUCUGACUGCCCUGCUGGGGCGCUCGGGGCCUCCUGCAGGGCAGGGGGCAGUGUGUAAGGGCCAGUAACGGGGAGCUAGCCCCACCACCACAGCUGCGACUUGGGGGCACCACGGCAUGUAGCAGUGUGUGGCCUCUGUGGUCCACCCUGUAGGCAGCCAGGCCUGCCCGGCCCCUGCCCCUGCCCCGGCACUGACGGUGCCAGGCUGUGGGUGCUCAGUGCUCACACACUGCAUGUCCCUUGGGCGCCAUGGGGUGAGCUGGAGCACAGGCCACCGUUCCCAUGGAGGGACGGCCGGGGUCCCACCCACCUCCCCGCCGUCAUGCAUGCACCUCCGGGCAGCCUUCCCGGAGCAGGUGACUGAUGAACUCUGCAUUUCAAUGUGCCUUCUGCUUCAGGCCUGGGCUCCUCUGACCUUCCUGCUGCCCCCGCCCUGGGCCUGCCCUCACCUGUCCCGGAGCCCCGGCAGCUGGGCCAGGAGCUGCCUCUGAGCGGGGCUCUCAGGCCCCUGCCCCUUUCUCUCGAUUUCAGUGCCUUGCUCAGCCCUCAUGAGGGAACUUCCGCUGCCUCCCCCGCAUUGCACCAGCUUUGUAUCGUGGACAGAGUGGCGACACUGGGUGUCCUGGGGCCCGUGGUGGUCUUAGGGGCAAAAGGACACGGAGUCCACUGGCAGCACUAGCCCCCACCUUUGGCCCAGCCUGUGAGAACCCUGUGACCCACUUUCUCACUGUGGUCCCACGUCUUCCGAUCUCAUCUUGUCCCCGUGUGUCAUCGUUUUCCAUUCACCUCCAUCUGCCGUUGUGGCUUCUUUCCAGGAGGCCUGGCCUGAGGUGGGCAGAGCAGGGAGAGCCUUGAGGUUGACCAGCCCGGUGGUGCCGGGCCUCCCUGGAGCUGCCCCGCUGCUGACAACUCAAUUAAAACAUCUGGACUUACCUUC